UUACUCUCUGCCGAACAAUAUUUACAAUUUCUGUUGCUUUCUCUCUCAGCAGACAAUGGACGCGUUCUUCGAUUCUCAAUCGAGAAGCAACUGGAGUUACGAUACUCUCAAGAAUUUCCGCCACAUUUCCCCCAUCGUUCAGACGCAUCUCAAAAGGGUUUAUUUGACCUUAUGCUGUGCACUGGUUGGCUCUGCUGUUGGGGCUUAUCUUCAUAUCCUUUGGAACAUUGGAGGUUACCUCACAACAUUUGCAAGCUUUGGAACCAUAAUUUGGCUCCUCUCUAUCCCUCCUUAUCAAGAGCAAAAGAGAGUUUCUCUUUUGACGGCAUCCGCGGUGUUUGAAGGGGCUUCAUUUGGUCCUCUGAUUGACUUGGCCAUUCAGAUUGACCCAAGUGUUCUGGUAGCUGCAUUUGUGGGAACAGCAUUAGCCUUUGCAUGUUUUUCUGGAGCUGCUAUGUUAGCAAAGCGCCAAGAGUACCUUUUCCUUGUUGGCUUGCUUUCAUCUGGUGUGUCUAUGCUUCUCUGGUUGCAUUUUGCUUCCUCCAUCUUUGGUGGUUCCACAGCCCUCUUCAUGUUUGAGAUCUACUUUGGCCUUUUGGUGUUUGUGGGUUACAUGGUAGUGGACACUCAGGACAUAAUUGAGAAGGCUCACUUGGGUGACCUCGACUAUGUCAAGCAUGCCCUUACCCUUUUCACUGAUUUUGUUGCUGUAUUUGCCCGCAUUCUGAUAAUUAUGUUGAAAAAUUCAGCUGAGAAGAGUGAGAAGAAGAAGAAGAGGCGUGACUAAAUCAUGGUAAAACAGUAGCUGGGAAAGUUUUGCUCAUCUGAUCUUUUUUUUCUCCCUUUAAGAAAGAUGAAGUUUGGGAUGAUCAAUACAAGUUGUUUUCUUGCUUUUUGUACUGAAGCACCAUAGUAAUAUACCUAAAAAAGAUGUGCCUUGUCGUUUUCUGCAUCUUUUUUAUGGUUGGUGCGUCAAAUGGAUAACAUGUUCAUAUGUUGGGCAAUUCCCGUGGUUAAAAUUUAUUUAUCGCCCUCACUGCAAUUCUAGCA